AUGGCAAACAAGGAACAAUCCAUGCUCGCAGGUGUACAGAGCCUCGACAACGAAAAGCGUAUCCGGAUUCUCGGCAUCAUCGACAAACUACGCGAGCUUGGACUCGUCGUUGUCGGGGAUCAAUCGAGUGGAAAGUCCUCGCUGCUUGAAGGAUUGACUGAUUUGUCUUUCCCCAUCGACAGCGAUCUGUGCACGCGCUUCGCCACGCAGAUAGUUCUCAGACGGGCGCCCGGAAAUGAGGCCAAAGUCAAAGUGACCAUCAUCCCUGGGCCGACGGCACAAGCGGAUGAGAAGUUGAAAGAACAGCUGCAGGGCUUUUCGCGGGAGCUUGAGACAGAGUCGUUUGGUCCUACAGAGUUCGCACAGAUCUUCGAUGAAGCUGCUCAACAAAUGGGUCUCCCUGGGCCAAACAACAAAGACCUGGAGAACCUGGAGAAACGGUUCUCAGAUGCAUCUUGA